AGCUCAGCUCAACUCGAAUAACAAAUAAAACUAAGUCUGUACUGUAGAGAAUUUACAUUUGUCCACAUUUAAUUAUGGGUUGAAUUUAUAUAACCCUAAAAUGAAAGAAAUCGAUUGUUUGUCGUUGAUUUAGAGGUGAAGAAGACAAGGAGAGGAAGGAGGAUGAUCGGUGAUAGCGUCUACUCACCGUCCGAUCAGUCUCUCUCGUCGCCCAACCCUAAUCUCUGCAUCACGGUCGGUUCGGUGAUGGAAGAGGAGCAGAUGGUUGUCGAACAAGAAGAAGAAGAAGAAGAGCUUCCGCUUCCUGAUCUGGGUAUUGACCUUGAUGAAGACGACUGUGAUGGAUUGCUUCAGAUUGAAACUGGAAUCGAUGAUGAUGGUCCCAUUGCUCACAGUGCUCCUGCUCCUGCUCCUGGUAUGGAAUUCGAUUCGUACGAUGAUGCUUACAGCUACUACAACUCGUACGCUCGGGAGCUCGGUUUUGCUAUCCGUAUCAAAUCUUCCUGGACUAAGCGUAACAGCAAGGAGAAACGUGGUGCUGUCUUGUGCUGCAACUGCGAAGGUUUCAAGAUGGUUAAAGAAGCCAACACCACCUCCACCCGUCGUAAGGAGACCAGAACUGGUUGCCAGGCUAUGAUUCGCCUCAAAUUGAUUGAAUUUGAUCGCUGGAAAAUUGAUCAGGUCAAACUCGACCAUAACCACUCCUUUGAUCCUGAAAGAGCCCACAAUUCCAAGUCUCACAAGACGACCAAGUCCUCCUCUGCUUCUGCCAACACUAAACAACCACAACAACCUCCUCUCCAUGUCCAAGUCCGGACUAUCAAUCUCUAUCGAGCCCUUGCCGUUCCUCAUGGGACUUCUUCUUCUUCAACCUCCUCCCCCGGUGGUGAUCAUUCCCUCUCUUCUUCAAGGCCAUUGCUUCCCCCUGGAGGUUUUAGCUUCUUGCAGGAUUUCUUCUUACGGAUUCAGCUUACCAGCCCCAACUUUCUUUACCUCAUGGAUCUUUCCGAUGACGGCUCUCUUAGGAAUGUCUUCUGGAUUGACCCUCGUGCUAGGGCUGCUUACUCUCACUUUGGCGACGUUGUUUUGUUUGACACCACUUGUCUAUCAAACUCCUACCAGCUUCCCCUUGUGUCUUUCGUUGGAAUCGACCACCAUGGAGAUUCCAUCUUGCUCGGCUGUGCUUUGCUUGCUCACCAGACCUUUGAGACCUACCUCUGGCUCUUCAGAGCUUGGCUUACUUGCAUGCUAGGUCGUCCCCCACAGACCUUCAUCACUCAACAGUGCAAGGCAAUGCGUGCUGCUGUCUCUGAAGUUUUCCCAAGGGCUCAUCAUCGUCUUAGCUUGACCCACGUCUUGCACAACAUCUUUCAGAGCGUUGUCCAGCUACAAGACUCUGAGUUGUUCCGUAUGGCACUGAACAGAGUGGUCUACGGUUGUCUCAAGGUCGAAGAAUUUGAAACAGCUUGGGAAGAGAUGAUCAUUCGGUUUGGGCUGACUAAUCACGAGACCAUCAACCACCUGUUUCAAGAUCGAGAACUAUGGGCUCCAGUUUACCUCAAGGAUACAUUUUUGGCCGGGGCGCUGACUUUUCGAUUGGGAGAUGUGGCUGCACCAUUCAUCUUCAGUGGCUACGUUCAUGAGCACACAUCCCUGAGAGAAUUCCUUGAAGGGUACCAAUCUUUUCUGGAUAAAAAGUACACAAGACAAGCCUUGUGCGAUUCAGAGUCCUCCAAGUUUAUCCCCGAGCUCAAGACAACGCACCCCUACGAGUCUCAGAUGGCAAAGGUCUUCACAGUGGAGAUAUUUAGAAGGUUCCAAGACGAGGUCUCGGCAAUGACUUCAUGUUUUGGAAUAACGCAAGUCCACUCAAACGGCUCGGCCUCCUCGUACGUGGUGAAAGAGAGGGAAGGAGAGAAAGUGAGGGACUUUGAGGUCAUCUACGAGACUAGUGCAGAAGCACAAGUACGUUGCUUCUGUGUCUGUGGUGGUUUCAGCUUCAAUGGGUACCAAUGCAGACACGUCCUCCUCCUACUCAGCCACAACGGGUUGCAGGAAGUCCCGCCUCAGUAUAUACUGCAACGGUGGCGCAAGGACGUGAAGCGUCUCUAUGUGGCGGAUUUUGGGUCAGGUUGUGUGGACAUAAUGAAUCAGGAUCAAUGGUAUGAGCAUUUGCACAGAAGAGCGAUGCAGGUUGUUGAACAAGGAAUGAGAUCGAAAGAGCAUUGCAGAGUUGCCUGGGAAGCAUUGCAGAGUUGCCUGGAAAGCAUUUAGAGAGUGUACGAAUAGGGUUCAAUUUGUGACUGAGAAGCCUUCGUAGAUACUUACCACUGUCUUGGUUCGAGCUGAUUAGAAUCUAUAAUCAUAUUGAUCUAGUAAUUAGAGUUAGAGAAAAUCUUCUUGUAAUAGAGAGACCCCAAUGAUAUCAAAUUGCAGCGGUUAUUUCACAGGUCCUUGACAUUUUAUUAAACUCUGUGACUCCCUAGUUGGACCAGCAACGGAGUAUUCCCUCAUCUCCUCUUUGUGUCUGUAACGUCAGUUUGUAACACCUUUAGUUGUGUCCCCUGGUGACACUUCCCUUACUGCAGUUUGCAGGUUCUA